AUGAAAUUCCUAUUAAUCACCUCUCAAAACCAAAACAAAUCGCCAGAGGUCGACGCUCGUCACGCCGGGAUUCUUAUGCGUGACGAAAAAUUGCGCCCGCGAGAUGGAUUCGCGCAAAUUGAUCAGAAACUAUGCACGAGGCAGAAAUCACUAUUGUCGGCAAACUGUGAUGUUCCGGAUCUUCUUCAUAGUGUAAAGCGAUAA